GGAUGUCAAUGUCAUGUCAAUUUUGCUAUUUUCAUUUUUUUAAGUAUUUUAAAAAUUCACUUCACUGUCUUAUUGGGUCUAGUGUAGUAUAACUAGUAUAUUUAUUUCAACGGUUGUCUUGCGUGACCACUGUUGCUCCACUAGGACCAAUGUUUUAUUUUUUCUAUAAUUUAAGACCAUGUUAUCUUUAGUUAAAUGCUGUUUGCAGCCGAAAUCACUAACUGCGGUGAAGAAAUUAGAAUUUCAAAAGUGUUGUUCCAUACAUACAGGGAUAAGACUGCUAAGUGCAAAUAAUAUUCAGCACCCAGAUAAAGACUUCGUUCCUGUUUAUAAAUUCCCAUAUGUCAGGCCUCUUGCAGUUGUUAACAAGCUUGCAUUGUAUCAGACAGUGCUAACUGCAACUAGUAUACCAGUAGCUUUAUUACUGAAGUAUACUGGUAUAAUAGGAGCUCCAGAGGUCCAACUCAUUGCAGCAUUAGGACUAACUGCUUGUACAACUCUUCUAACUGCUGGAUACUUUACACAAAAAUUCAUUGGAUUUAUAUAUUACAAUGAAGAAAAGAAUAUUGUGAGGAUAGCUUACAAUGACUUCUGGGGUAGAAGAAAAGAUCUUGAUAUCCCUGCGAGCGAUAUUGUACCUUUAUCAGACUUGCCUGCUACUCCAUUAGAUCGCUUAUAUUUAACAUUUAGGAGAUUCUCUACCAAAGACAGUUUCAAAUUUAACAUGAAUGCUGCUAUAAUUUUAGACAAAGAAAAAUUCAAAAAAGUGUUUUAAACAAUUUUAUUGAAGGAUAAAACAUUUUGUAAAUAACUGUAAUAUAAAAAUAGAAGUUUAACUCCAUCUAUAAUGUGCAUAAGCCCU